UCUAACUUCGACCUUGUCAAGCUCAAGCUUUAGCAGGACGAGGAGGAGGAGGAAAAGGAAUCGACAUGAGGUUUACCUGGAUGUUAUUCUUAGCUCUAAGCAACUGUUUCUUCUGCAGCAUUGUGAGUGCUAAGCCUGCAAAGGCGCACUGUAAGAACCCUUACUUUUGGAGAUGCUACGGAGUCCCCCACACCUGUCCUCCUGGAUGUCCUAAAUUCUGCCAAGUAGAUUGCAAGAUCUGCAAACCAUAUUGUGCUUGUGACAAGCCCGGAGCGGUAUGCCAAGACCCUCGCUUCAUCGGCGGGGACGGCAUCAUGUUCUACUUCCACGGAAGGAAGGACAAGGACUUCUGCCUUGUCUCCGACGCCGGCAUCCACAUCAACGGCCACUUCAUCGGGAAGAACAACCGCAAGGGGAGGGACUUCACCUGGGUCCAGUCCAUCGGGGUCCUCUUCGGCCGGCACCGGCUGUUCGUCUGCGCGAGGAAGGUCUCACGGUGGCACGCAUUCGACGACAACAUCCACAUCCAACUCGACGGAGCAGACGUCGAGAUCCCGUCGGGAGAGGGCGCGGUCUGGGAGUCUCGAGGAGCAGGGUUGACGAUCGAACGCGUUGCGGCGGAGAACGACGUGGUGGUGGAAGUUACGGGUCUCGUGGAGAUAAGAGCGAGGGUGGUGCCGAUCACCGCAGAGGAAUCGAGGGUGCACGGGUACGACAUAGCUGAGGACGACGACUGCUUUGCUCAUCUGGAGCUCAGCUUCAAGCUGAGCUCGCCGAGUGCUUCACUGCAUGGGAUCCUGGGACAGACCUAUGCUCCGGACUACCGCAGCCGAGUCAAGAUCGGCGCUGCAAUGCCGAUCAUGGGCGGCGAGAAAAAGUUCUCGUCGUCCCAUCUGUUUGCCACGGACUGUGCUGUCUCAAGGUUCGGAACGGAAGGAGAAGAAGAAGGCAAUGAACUGAAGACAGCGAACGUUGCAAAGUCGCAGUAGGAAAGGAUAGGUUGGAUUCUUACGGUGUAUAAUAGUCCCAAGAUUGCAGUAAAUAAGGGACAAAGGUGUUUGACCUAAAUCAUUAAUCAAAAUAU